AUGCAAGUGGUUAAAACAAUCUCUCUCCACUCAUAUCUAGCUCUCACUGAUCAUAUGAUAGAAGAAAGACUUGACAGAGCUCUUGCUAACUCCGAAUGGUUGGCGUCUUUUCCUCUUGCUAAGUUAUCUAAUCUUAUCGCAUCGCAUUCCGAUCAUAGCCCCAUUCUCUUAGAUUGUGCUCCGGUACAACGAGUUGGUAGGAGUUUUCAGUUUCGCUUCGAAAACAAUUGGUUACAGGAAGACGGUAUAACAGAGGUGGUCAGUAAUGGUUGGCAUUGUGAGGAGCAUAUUGAUGUGGUUAAGCGCAUCUCGAUGUGUGCUGAAAGUCUAGAGAAUUGGAGCCGUAAUUUGCGAAGAAACAGGAAGGGAGAUAUGGAUCGAUACAAGGCAGUGAUGGAGUUAAAUAGAGGUGGUGCUGAUUCGCAUUCGACAUAG